AUGGAGAACACUGAUGCAGAGACAGAAUUCAUCUUGCUGGGAAUGGCUGAACAUCCACGCCUGGAGAUGUUGCUUUUUGCAGUCAUAUUGAUCUGCUACACAAUGACCCUCCUAGGCAACACGACCAUCAUUGUGUUGUCUUGCCUAGACCCCAGCCUCCACACCCCAAUGUAUUUUUUCCUCAGCAACCUCUCCUUCCUUGACCUCUGUUUCACAACCAGUCUUGGACCCCAGAUGUUGGUGAAUUUUUGGAGAACAAAGAAGACUGUCACCUAUGCUGCAUGUAUGGGACAGCUGUACAUCUCUCUUGCGUUGGGCUCUACAGAAUGUAUUUUGUUAGCAGUCAUGGCUUAUGAUCGUUAUGCUGCUGUCUGCCAACCUCUGCGCUACACUGCCAUUAUGAGACAAUCCCUAUGUUUCAAAAUGGCUGCUGUUUCCUGGGCAAGCGGAUUUGGUAACUCAUUGGUGCAGUCAGUGUUGACUCUUGAACUUCCAUUGUGUGGACAAAACCAGGUGGAUCAUUUUUUCUGUGAAAUACCAGCUUUUCUCAAACUGGCCUGUGUUGAUACUUCAGUGAAUGAAGCUGUGCUGUUUUCUGCUGUUGUAGUCUUCCUUCUAGCUCCACUGAGCCUCAUCAUAGUAUCUUAUGGUUACAUUACAGUUGCAGUGGUGAGAAUCCACACUGUUGAAAGCAGCCGCAAGGCUUUCAAUACCUGUGCCUCCCAUCUCACUGUGGUUUCACUCUUCUAUGGAACAGCCAUUUUCAAUUAUUCCCUAUCUAAUGGCUCCCGUGACCAAGCCAAGAUAAUAUCCUUGUUCUAUACAUAUGUAACUACUAUGCUUAACCCAUUAAUCUAUACACUGAGGAACAAAGAGGUGCUCAAAGCUCUAAGAAAAAAAAUUAACAGGAAUGCAACAAUUUAG